CAUUAUAAAUUAUUGUUAAACUAUUGUUCCAUGAUUUGCCCAUGAGGAGCGUUUAAUAUUUAAUACAUUAUCACAGAAUAACCAAAUGACAUUAUAUUUUAUAAGCACAAGUAUUAUAUAAUAAUCCACUCUUGUUUGAAGCAAUGAUAACAUAAUAGUUAUCUAAAUCAAUGGUUAUAUCCUUUUAUCUAUUCUGCGGUUAUAUAUAGUUAUAGUUAAGGGUUGUUAUAUUCUCCUAUUUGUUUUAAAAUAAAAUAUUAAAAUAUAACCAAGUCGACUGUUGGGUGACAUGUGGACCAUACUUUGUUCGUUUGUUGACACUUUUUAAAGAAAGAACAGGGUGUCAUUGUUAGUAUUUUUGUGCUGCCGGCUGCGGUUGUUACUAUUUUGUAAAAUAUUUGUUAGAUCUAUGUUGGUUUUGUCGUUACUUUCUUUUAUAAAGACGUAUUGGUUCAAUGUUAUAUUACUUUUUUAAUUUUAUAAUGGAUAAUGUUUUACUUUUUUUUUUUGUCAUAUUCUAGUACGGUAUUAACAUUUUUUAUAACGUUGAUCGACGUAUCUAGUUUAAAUUUGAAAUAACUACGAACAAAGUAUGUAAGAUAAAUAUUUCUUUAAGAUUUAUGAAUUGCCGCAUUAAUUAAAUUUACAUAAACUUAACUAUAUUACCACGAGGUAAAUGUGAAGAACAAGAUGUUUUAAUUUCUCCAAUAUUUAAUUCUAUUAACAUCAUCAAAAUGACGGAAAACUCAAUAGUACCAUUAACUGAUAAAGAGAUAUAUGUCACUAAUGCACAGUAUGAAGGAUGUUUCAUUAAGUUAUGGGGUCGUUAUCUAUCUCAUAAAAAAUCAAACAUGGAAAAAUCAUUACAGAAUUAUGAAUCCUUUACUAAGGAAAUGAAGACAUUAGAUCUGUUUGGAAACACAGCAUAUUUUUAUAUUUGGAAAUCAGAUACUGAAAGAGUUUAUAGAUGCAACAUAUUGAGUUCAGAUUUACAAGCAAGAACUCAUACAAUAAUUCUUAUUGACUAUGGCCAAACAAUGACUGUUUCUUUUUUGGAUGUUCGAGAGAUAUCAAUGGAUAUAAGCAAUCCUACUUACAAUUUACUAACUCAAAGUGUAUCAUUAUUCACAUUUCUUCUCAGUGGCUUUAUAAGAAAACCAAAAUCUAAUGUUGAGUUAAAUACUUUGUUGUCUAAUCGUUUUUACAAAUUUCGUAAUGAUUUUGAUAUAGGCGGUGUGAAAUUCAUAACACUGCUAAAUUUAGACAAACAAAUACUGGUUGACAGUGGUUUUGCAGAACCUAUAGAUAUAACAUCAACAUUAACAAUUGCUAAUAAUUUGUCUUCAAUUUUAUCAUUAAAUAAGAAAAAUGGAAUAGAAAAUUAUUGUCCCGUUCCUGCUAAACAAUCUAUGUUAAGCUUUUUAAGAUCUCAAAAAUUAGAUCCUGUUUCAGUAACAAAUGUUGUAGUUACAAGAGUGUCUGUUGGUGAAAAUGUUAUCCUUUUGACAGUUAGAACAAUUGACUAUGAGUCUAAUUAUUUACAAACAAAUUUAAAUGCUAUUGAUAGAGAACAAUUAGUGUUAGCACCUGUCCUUGAAGUACAUACACCUUGUUUAAUUCUUGUGCGUAACACUAAUAAGCUUGCUCGAGCAAUUAUAUUAGAAGUAAAAAUAAACAGUUUAUUAGUUGAUUUGAUUGAUUAUGGACUCCGUGAGUAUGUACCUAGAACAACAGUCUUUAAGAUUCCUUCAAAUUUCAAUGUAAUUGAAAUGCGUGCAAUGAGUGUUGUACUAGACAAACCCAAUAGCCAAAUGACGGCUGAAACGGCUAAAGAAUUGCUUCUUGAUAAACAUUUUGGAAUGAUAGCUAGUAAAAUUGAUCCUAGUUAUGGCUUGUAUAAUGUAAAGCUGUUGGCUAAAAAAAAUAAUCAGCUUUCUGAUAUUUUUGAUACAUUGAAUAAUGGAAAUACGUGUUCUUCUAUACUAAGUACAUCACCACCUAAGUCUCCUGAGAUCUGUUCAAUAAUAGAAUUACACGAUGAAGAUAAGAUAGAUAAGAGAUCCAGUUAUUCUCCAGAACUAUCCCAAUCUCAUAAUGACAAAACCAGAAAAUCAUCUGAAUCAGAAAAUUAUCAAGAAGUAAACCAAAAAACAUGUAAGAUGGCUAGAAUUAUUAUUCCUAUAAUGAGUUUGCAAAAAGAACAAUUACUAAGUGAAAAUGAAAUAAAGUGUAAACUACUAUACUACAAAUCGCCAUUAUAUUUCCAUAUGAGACAGUAUAAUUCUAACUUUCAAACUUAUCUUGAACAAAUUAAUUCCACUUUGGAAAGUCGGUGUAUUUUGAAGAAAAAUGACAUUGUCAAAAAUAUGUAUGUCAUAUAUCAAAAUGAUUCAAAGUCUAUUUACCGAGCUCAAGUAAUUAGUAUGGACUCGGAUAUUGAAAAAAUUGAAUUAAAACUAGUUGAUCAAGGCGACGAAAUUGUUAAUGAAGAAUUCAAUAAAGUAACAUUGUAUAAUUUUAUGGAAAAUGACUGCAACAUGCCAGCACAAUUAGUUUUGGAAUGCUCAUUAAGUAACAUGUGGUUUCCACUUCUCAAUACUGAUAUAGCUUCAAUUAUAAAACCACAUUUUCAUGACGAAUCAUUAUAUACAUGUUUUAUAACUGGACAAGACGAAAAUGGACGAAAAUUGGUUCAAUUGAUUGAAAACGAUACUAAUAUUAAUGUUUCUGAUUCUUUACUAAAAUCUGGAAUUGGACAAUACUUGUCAUCUGCAAUGAAAACUGAAGAAAGCCCAUAUGAAGAAAAUAUAUUAAAAGGUCAAAGUUUUUUAUCUUAUAUUUUGUAUUCUCAUUUUAAAUUAUGUAUACAACCAGAACCUAGUUCUAUCGACGAACUAGAAGAAGAAAUUGAAAGACACAUUAAUGAUAAUCCAGUCUACGAGCCAAUGAAUUUGAAUAACCUGCAAGGAACUUUUUGCUUAGCGACUUUAAGCAAUGACCAAUGGUAUAGAGCUUAUAUAACCAACAUUUCAGACGAAUCAAUAAUUGUUAAAUUAUUUGAUAUUGGAUUGUUAACUGACGUCAGCCUUACACAGAUACGACCUAUAACUAGUAGUCUAAUGAAAAAACCCCAGCUUUGUUUAACUUGUGAAUUAGAAACAAAGAAUUUAAACUUCAAAGUAACUGAGAAGACCUUAUAUAAUGUGACUGUAAUUGCUAUUAAAUCAAAUGGAAUUUUGAGUGUCAUUGUGAAUGAACAUAAUUCUGUACCUCUACCUACUCCAGUCGUACGAGGCAUAGAAAAAAUAUCUGUUGUGCACGUUGAUGGUGAUGUGACUUAUUUGCAAAGAGUUGAAGACCGUGAUAAACUUUUAAAAAUGUCUGUAACUUUAUCAAAGAUAAAUAGUAAAGUUUCGUUCAAACAGACAAUGGAUCCAGGUGACAUGUACGUAUUUGAAAGUCAUGGUCUAUAUUAUCGAAGUGUUAUAAAAUCUAUCAGUUCUAAAAUGGUCGUGGUCCACUGCAUCGACUACGGUUUUGAAAAACAAGUAGAAAAAAAAAAAUUACAAUAUAUUGGUCACACCAAAGUUGCGUAUUUACCAGCACUGGCUAUAUCGGUUAAAACUUUCCCAAAGGCAUUUAAUAUGAUAAAUGUGUUCUUAGCUAAUUUACAUAUAAACAGCGAUGGAACAAUUAAUACAAUACCUUACAAAACCAACUCUGUACUUCCUCGAGGAGAUUUAAUUGAAAUGCUUCGAGACAAAUGUUUGAUAAAAUUAACAUGCGUUUAUUCUACUCAAGAUUGUUGGAUUGUUCCUGAUAUGUACUUUGAAAAACUAAAUACUAUCUCUGAAGCGUUGGAAAACAUACAAUCAAAAGUUGUACCAUCAGUAGCUGAAGCUGGUGCUUUAUGUGCUGCACUACACCCACAAACAAAAAAAUGGAAUAGAGCCCUAGUGUUAGAUACUAAUAAAGAAUCUGAUAACAUAUUAUUUAUAGAUUCUGGUGAGCGUUUUAAAGAAGUAAAAACAACAAAAUUGGCUAGUGAAUUGCAAAAUAUUCCGAAUCUGGCUAUAAAUUGUAGAAUAAAAACAAAUGUUGAUUUAGAACAAUAUAUAAACAAGACAGUUCCAUGUAAACUAUUAUCAAUUGAUCAACCUUUAAUAGAAUUUGAAUUGUUGCUUGAUGAUAAAUCGACCAAAGUUGAGACUGCAUCUACAGCAGUUAGUUGGACUGUAAAGAUUAUUAAAUUUCAUUCGUUAAAUCAUUUUUAUGUUUCCAAAGUAAUAGAUUGUAAUUCAUCUCAAGUUAGACCUAAUGAUUUACUCGUUGAAAAAUUAACGUAUCACUGUUGCGUAGAAGAAAUUGAUGACUGCAAAAUAAAUGAUCCAAAAAAUUCAAAUGUAAUUUCAGAUAUUUUGACUUCUCGUAGUUGGACAAUGAAAAUCAUGAAUAAUCAACAACCCUUUUUGGUAACAUUAGAAAAUAAUGGACAAAAUUGUAGAGAUGUUAUUUAUGCAAAAAUAAGCAAUAAAACAUUGUAUGAUGAGUCAACAAAUAGAUCAUCAAAUCUCGAAUGUCAUGUUAAUUCAAAUGUUAAAAACAUUAAACUAAAUGUAGAAAAGCAAGUGGAAUAUGAUAACCCAAGUGCAUUUAAACAAGAGCAAAGCACUUAUACUGUCAAUACUCUUGAAUCACAAAUUGUUUUACCAGAAUCUGAAUGUGUUAUUGUUAAACAAGUUGACACUCUUAAUUGGUUUUAUGUCCAUUCUAUAAGUUUAUCAGAACUAUAUAAGCAGCGUAUUACUAAUGAACUAGAUAUGUGCAUAAUUGAAUUGCAAGUUAAUCAAAGUUCAGUUGGCAAAGUUGUAGUUACGUUCAGUGAAAUGUUAGGUCAAUGGUGUAGAGCUGUAGUGGAAGAAAUCAAGUCGAAAGAAUCAGUGUAUUGUUAUUUGUUAGACUUUGGAUUGUAUGAGGACUGUUCACAAUUUUAUAGGCCAACUGAAUUUCUUCAUCUAUGCCCAUACCUAGUGAGACGUUGUGCAUUGUUCGCCCCAAAGCUGGAUGGUAAAGAAAAAGAAAUAUGGUAUUCUGAUGUUACUGAAAUGUUUAAAGAUAUAACAGGCAUCAAUGGGCUCAAAUUAGAUAUGACUGUUAAAAAUGAUGGCUCCCCCUGUUUGAUUACACUUCACUUAGAACAAAUUGAAAUAAGUGAAAUGCUACUUCCUAUGCUUGUUGUAGUUACACAAAUAGAAUCUUUUUGUGACUUUAAAGUUCAAACUGUGUCUGCCGAUCUUAAUACCAUGAUAAAAAUAUUGAACAAUGAAACUAUAGCUUUAGUGCCAGAAAAUGAUCCAAAAUCUGGUCAAAUAUAUUUAGCACAUAUUGAAUCAAAACUCAAACGGGUAACAAUGGACACAUUGGGCGGAAUUAAAUAUGUUGUUAUAGAUAUUGAUGAUACAUUGGAUGCUGUUUCAGUUGACUGUUUGUAUGCACUUCCUCAGGAAUUAAAAGAAUUUCCUCCUUUUACUUUGCCAUGCGCAUUGAUUUUAGAAGACGAUCAUAAAAAAUAUUCAUUAAAUACAUUUAAGAAAAUAGCUAUGGAUAAAAGAGAACCAUUUACAAUGUGCAUCUUAACAGAGACUGAUGGAAAAUCUCCAAAUUUAGUUAAACUUUAUUUUGAAAACAGGAACAUACAAGAUUAUAUUAAUACAUGAAUAGCUCUACUUAUUAUACUUACAAGACAUUUCUGUUGUUCAUUAGUUUAUUACUAUUGAUAAUUAAAAAAAGUACCUGUUUAUUUUUAUGGUGGAUGUUAUAAUAUAAUAUUAUAUUAUUUUUUAUCUUGUGUUAUUUAAAAAAAAUAUGUACGUGUAUAAAUUAAAAAUUAAAAAACAGUUGUUAAUUUCUUACCUA